GGUCGACUUCGAAGGUGGGGGUAUCGGGUGGUUAGGUUGGGUUCUAUAGGAACCUAACCGGCAGUCAGUGCCUCCCAGGGCCCCGCGCCGUCAGUCUCGUUGGUGUUGUGUCGUGUAACGUGUCCUCUUUUUCUCUCUUUUUUCUCUCUUUUUCUUCCCUUUCUUUCUUGGGUCCUCUCCCUCUCCCCUUUCUAUCCCCUUUUCCACGUACAUAGUUUUUCUUUUGACUUGUUGUCACAAUCGACACCGUCACUGUCGGCCACGAGUGAUAAGGAAAUAAUCGCGCACACGUGCCACUUUCGACGAUAUUUACUGUUGAUGGAUGCUACGCGUCCACAAGCUUGGGGACCAGAAUCACGAUUCUUGUUGAUCGGAUAGCCUAUCCAUUCGUUCUAUUUCUCUGAAAAAUCGAAAAAAUUGGGAAAAUAAAUUGACGAGGAAUGUUUCUUACACCUUUGGGACGAGUUUAACGAAAUAAAAAAUUUUCAAUUGUCUCAGAUUCGAGAUGAAUAUAGAUAUAUUGAAAAAAUGUAAUUGAUUGAUGGAAAGAUAAUUCAUUGAAAUUCUUUUGAAUUGAAAUUAUACGUUGAAUAUUAUAUCGUGAAGAUAUUUGCAUAGAUGAUCCAAAGUAAUUCAAUUAACUAGAUUGACGAAACAAAGAGUUGAACAUCGACAUGUCAUUAAAUUAAUUUAACAAAUGCUUGGAGAAAUCGUGAAAGAAAUAAUUUGUGCCAAUAGUAAUAAUAGUGAUUUUCGAUCAUUUUUGAAAGAAACGUGCGCAAAAAUUAACGAAUCGUUGAUUCAGAAGACCGCAAAAUGGCGUAAAACUAUCGUUGAAAAUGUAUAACUUCAAAUCGUGCAAAUUUUUCGAUUCGAGUGUGAACGAAUAAUGUGAAAAAUUAAAAUUUCGCGAUGAGCUGGAAUGGAAUUUAUGCAACGAACGGUACAUUAACAAAUAAUGCAAAUUAUUUUAUUGAUUGAAUUGAAUUUACAAAUAGUGGUUUCCAAUAAAUAGCCAAUAAAUGAGUGCAAGUUGUAGACUAUGAAAUUGCGAAUAUUUAUUAGGGAAAAUAUGUGCAAUUAUGAACUAACACGACUUGAUCGGUGAAAAGGGACCAGAAGUGUAUAUUCUUUCAAUGUAACAAUAACUUGACAUAAAAAGCAAAUCCAUCACCUUAAAACUGUAAACAGUGAUUUUUAUUUUAUUUUGUGACUCGAGUGACUUCUUUGAAAAAAAAAGAAACCCAAAAAGAAAACCGUCGAAGUGUUAGUUCAAGCGUCGAGAUCUCGAGUCUUUAGUGAAAUUCUGUAUAAAAAAGUAAGUACGGCCGACGGUCGUACUUGGCAGUAAGGCUUCAAGAUUGCUCGAAAAUCGUCGAGAGAGGUGCGCAGGGCAGGAAGAGCGAUGGAAAUCGGGGGUGCAGCAAUGCAAAGGAUGGCCGCUACCGGAGGGCCCGGGCCUCUCAGCCUUCAGGGCCCUCCAAGGUCAGUGAAAAUCUCACCCGUUAAUAUACAAGACGAACCCGGUGACCUUACUUCUCAAAAAAGCACAAGUUCGCAUUGCGUAGGAUGUGGUGGUCGAAUUCAUGAUCAAUGGAUUUUGCGAGUUGCACCGAAUCUGGAAUGGCACGCUGCUUGUUUGAAAUGUGCAGAAUGCCAGCAAUUUUUGGAUGAGCACUGCACCUGCUUCGUGCGAGAUGGAAAAACUUAUUGCAAGCGAGAUUAUGUCAGAAUUGAUUUCAGACUGUUUGGGACAAAAUGCGACAAGUGCAGUGAGUGCUUUAGCAAGGAUGACUACGUAAUGAGGGCAAGGAGCAAGAUUUAUCACAUAAAGUGCUUCCGAUGUUCAGCCUGCAUGAGACAGUUAGUGCCUGGCGAUGAAUUUGCCUUGAGACAGGAUGGCCUGUUCUGCAGACAUGAUCACGACGUUCUCGAAGGCGGAAAGCUCUGCUCUGGACCUGGUGGUGUUCCUGGAAGUGAAAACAACAACAAUGCAUCCCUUAUGAAUAAUAAUCAUCAUCUGCAUCCCAACGACGGCUCAAUAUCAGACUCCGGAUCUGAGAGUGGAUCUCAUAAAGCUGGUAUGGGUGGUACUCGAGGUUCGGGCAGCCAUAAAAGCGGCGGCGGUUCAGACGGGAAACCAACCAGAGUUCGCACCGUUCUAAAUGAGAAACAACUUCAUACUUUGAGGACUUGCUAUGCCGCGAAUCCACGACCGGAUGCGUUGAUGAAAGAACAAUUAGUCGAGAUGACAGGCUUAAGUCCACGAGUAAUCAGGGUAUGGUUCCAGAACAAACGGUGCAAAGAUAAAAAGAAAACGAUCGCCAUGAAACAACAAAUGCAAGAAAAGGAUGGCCGUAAAUUAGGGUUUGGUGGAAUGCAUGGCAUUCCUAUGGUGGCCAGUAGUCCUGUAAGACACGAGAGUUCUAUAGGAAUGACGCCAUUGGAAGUGCAAGCUUAUCAACCACCGUGGAAAGCUCUUUCAGAUUUCGCUCUGCACACUGAUUUAGAUAGGCUAGAUCCUAACACUCCUUCUUUCCAUCAUUUGGUAUCACAGAUGCACGGUUAUGAUCUUCACAGUGGACCACCACAAUUACCUCCACCGGGAAUGCUCGGUGGACCAAUGAACGACGGUGGAGGUGGUGGAGGUGGUGGUUCUCUACCACCCCCUGGUCCACAUCAUCCCAGUGGUGGUGGUCCAGACAUGGGUCAACACCCCGACAGCACAGAUAGCUAUGUAACUUACCUCGAAAGUGACAGUGACUCUCUUCAUCAUGAUACAGGAAGUCCAUAGUGUUGUGCAGUGUGGCCAGAACGAAAGUGUCCGCUUUCUUCAUGGUCCAUUUUCAAUAAGUGCUUAAAGAGAAUUGUAGUCUGCGAGAACAAAUAGAGUGAUUGUAAAUGGCUGGAAACGAAACAUAAAAUUUGGUUGAAAAGUUAUUUCAAAGAAAUCUUAACCCUUCGCGCUUAAUUUAGUCAUUGAAAAAAAAUACAAAUAAAAUAUUUUAUACAUGAUGAUUAUACAAUUAGAUAGCACAAAAUAAAUAAAUAAAUCAAAAGAAAGAAUAAUAUUUU